GUGAGAGGAACAGAGGGGGCAGGGGGUGCAGCCGGGGCGCUGAACAGUGCCACUGAAGCCUCAGAAAAAGGACCUACAGGUUUCAUGAGCUCAGGACAAAAACAAAAAACUGGUUGGUAAGGGGAAUCAAGUGAUGACGAAGGGCAGGAAAAUGUGAUGGUGUGAGAGUUCAGACGGUGCUGGAAACUUUCAUCAGAGGAUUUGGGAAGUUGAGGAGGAAGGGAGCACAUACAUAUAAGAUAACCACACAAGCUCACUGUCUGUGUUCACUCAAUCGUCAGCCACUACCGGAGGUUACAUCAUGGACCUGACCCUGACCCUUCAUGUGCUACUACUUCUCUGUUCCCUCCAUGCUGUUGUUUGGGCGUGUCCAGAUGGAUGCAAAUGUCAAGAAACCAAAAUACUUUGCAGUGGCCUCUCGGAAUUCCCCACAACUGUGCCCUCAUCUACCACUACCCUCUACUUCUCCAAUUGCAGUAUCUACUCCCUAAGACCUGAGGAUCUGGCUGAUUUCUCCAAUGCUCUUGGCAUUUUUGUGAUUAAAGACACUGUUUUGAGAGAAGUGCGCACUGGCACAUUUGAUUCCACUCAAAACGUAGGUGCCUUAGCGUUUACUACCACGGAGCUGCAGGAUCUCCCUGAGGCCUUGUUCCAAAAUCUUCAGAAGCUCGAGUCUCUGAAUCUGAAGAGCAACAAACUCCUAGUACUCCGCCCCAACUGGUUUACCCCACUGGCACAGCUGAAACUCCUUGACCUCAGUAAGAACCUUUUCACUUCUGUACCUGUGGAAACUUUUCACCCUCUUACUGAGCUACAGUACCUUAUGCUUUCUGGAAACAAUAUCAGUCAACUACCUAGAGAGACAUUUAAAGGUCUCUCAAACCUAAAAACCUUACGACUUAACAAAAACUCACUACAGGAACUCCCCCUUGGCAUUUUCGAUGACCUUGCAGACCUGGAGGAACUAUCCUUACAUGACAAUCUAAUCACUAAUCUCCACCAGGAUUUGUUCUCCAAGAUGUCGAAACUCCAGAAGCUGUUCCUCUCCCACAACAGGCUCACAUCUCUUCCACAAGGGAUCUUCUUAAACAUGCCCCUCCUUUCCCAGAUCUCCCUUUAUGAAAACCAGCUGGAGAGUCUGGGACCAGGGGUGUUUGGGCCCAUGCCCCUGCAGGAGUUAUGGCUGUAUGACAACAAACUGAGGCAUUUGGAGGAUAACACAUUCAAGAACCUGACUCAGUUGCAUCUCUUGGUGCUCAGUCGUAACCAGAUCAGCUCCGUAUCCACCAGGGCCUUUGAAGGGUUGGAGCAGCUGGGAGAGGUAUCACUUCACACCAAUCUGCUCUCAACCCUACAAGCUGGGACUUUCCAAGGUCUGCCGAAUCUGGUCAACAUUUCCUUGGAGCACAACUUUAUCAGCUCCCUCCCUUCAGGUCUUCUCAAGGGCCUGAGCAACCUGGGACAGAUAGACUUGCGAAAUAAUUCCCUUCCCAACCUGCCACAGGAGAGUCUAGAUGCCCUCACUGCAGCAAAGGAAGUUCUUUUGCAGCAGAAUCCCUGGAGGUGUGACAAGGAUAUUCUGCCACUUAAACACUGGCUGACACAGCACCCAGCCAAGACCAACCAAACUCUCGUAGUCUGUGAAACACCUUUCAGUCUGAGCGGUGAGAUAAUCGUCCUACUGGCAGAAGAGAACUUCCUGCCUCUCAGCUCUACAGCGGAGCCUGUGCUGACCUCAACGGAGAAGAGGAGGAAACCACAUACUCCUCCAACUAAACGAAGCACUCCCUCACCUGCUGUCAAGACCACCCCCACCUCAGAGCAUGAGGAGGUCACCAGUGGCGGGCAAGGGGACAAAGGAACAGUUUCUAAUGAUACUUCAAUCAUCCUAAUCGUCAUCGCAGUAGUGGCCACUGUCAUCAUCAGCACUGUCAUUAUCAGCUGUGUGUGCUGGAAGAGGAACAAGAGAGGCAGGGGAAAUAUAGGCCGCAGAAGUAAGAACUCUGUGCUGUAGAUUAGACCACCCAAUACUAGCAACCCAAGAACUCUUAAAGCCAAGGGAAAAUGCUCACUGAUUACUGUGGUUUAUUCGGAAAAUGUGGAGCCCAGAGUUGAUUUUAGGGCCUCACAGGCAACAGAAAGGACCUCUUCAUCUUCAUUCAGAUGGACCAGCUAGAACAAACUAGUUAACCUUUGAAUUCAUUUGUUUUUUAAUGAUCAUAUUUACCAGCCAGUAUUUAUGUGUGCUGUAAAAAGAGAGCAGACAGUCUAUGUACUAACGGUAAAAAAACCCUCAUCUUGUGGGCAACCGGACAUUUGGUGAAUGUAAAAUCAGAUGCACUGAAACAGUGAGCUUUUUAAAGUAGAAUUAAGAUUGCAUUCAGUAUUUUGUUCAAACUAUUUUCCAUUUUCAGUAUUAAUAACUGCAGUUUGAUGAUGGCUUUUUGUGCUAACAGCAAUACAUUUAGGAGACAGUUUUAUUUUUUUUGCAAAAUGGCUAUCCAUGAAAAAUCAGAAGUGGCAUUCUGACUCAACUGUAACAGUUCAUUCUAUGGUUUCUUACAAUGCAACAUGUUAUGUUGAAUAAAUGCACUACUUUUAGUGGGAGCAACCUUA